GGGAGCAAGACAGUGGGGGACAUUGUCCUUCUUCGGUGGAUCCGCAGCUCCUCCCCCCCCCCCCCCCCCCCCCCCUGCGUGUGUGGCUUCAAAUGAUCAAAUUCUUCAACUUGGAUCAGUUUGACUCCGUAGGACUUUUUUAGCACACUGCAAUCGGACAACGCCACAACUUGGGCAGCGCUUUGCAUCCUCCAACCACCGAGAGGAGAGGGGGGAAAAGGCAGAGUGCGGGUGCGAUUCAUUGCAGCAGCAAUUUUUCUGCCGUCAACAAUGGAAAGGGAGAUGCUAUUUUGUUCAAAGUGGCACGGCGCGCUUUGGUGUGAAAUGUUGAUGAUUUUCUUGAUAUUGCAAGGCGCCAGCCCUGAGAUAACGUGCAGGUCAUGUCAGGUUGGAAAGGUGGUUUAUGCCCGGGAGUUAUUGCUGCGAUUUGUCACAAGUGAAAGUGUGACAGCAUUUCAAGAAGUUGACGGACACCGCGUUGAGGCUGAGAGAUCCCGGGCAGCAAGUGUCGGAACUCCGAGGCUCCGCCGCACAUCUUUUACCCAUGAACGCGCUCCGGAUCGGGCAGACGCGUCAAAUCUGACACGGAAUACAAAAACGCUGCGCUCAAAUGAUGAAGUCGACGAGAAGCUUUUUUCCAUGGGUAACAUUUCACAGUAUCACGGAAGUGGCGGAGCGCACAGAACGCGCGGUAGAAGGAGCAGCGAUGACCGCAGUGUUGCUAGCCCGAGUCGGCGUUUCGGAACCAGAGUGACGCGCUCUGAACUGCGCUGGAACGGCGAGGAGAGGAGAGCAGGCGGUACCAGACAGGACGAGCUCAAACUUACCAGCUCUACCUUCGCUUUAACCGGGGAUUCGUCUCACAACCAAGCUAUGGUCCACUGGUCUGGCCAGAAUAGCAGCGUGAUUUUGAUGCUGACCAAAUUAUUUGAUUUCAACCUCAACAGUGUUACCGAAAGCUCACUGUGGAGGUCAACUGACUAUGGAGCAACAUACCAGAAACUGAAUGACAAAGUUGGCGCAAAGACAAUACUCAGUUAUUUGUACGUGAGCCCAAACAACAAAAGAAAGAUUAUGCUCUUAACCGAUACUGAAGUGGAGAACAGUCUUCUGAUCAGUUCUGAUGAAGGAGCAACAUACCAGAAGUACCGGCUGAACUUCUAUAUACUGAGCCUGCUCUUCCAUCCCGAGCAAGAGGACUGGAUUCUGGCUUACAGUCAUGAGCAAAAGCUCUACAGCUCAGUGGAGUUCGGGAGGAGGUGGCAAAUGGUGCAUGAGAGAGUGACUCCAAAUCGUUUUUACUGGUCAAAAAUGGGUUUGGACAAGGAGCCAGGUUUGAUUCACCUGGAAACCACCAUCGCUGAAGGACAGGCACUCUAUGUCACCUGCAAGCUGCAGAACUGCACAGAUGCUAACAAGGGCAAACCAUUCCCUGGCUACAUUGACCCCAAUUCUCUGGUGGUUCAAGAUGAGUAUGUGUUUGUCCAGGUGUCGACCACAGGGAAGCCUAUCUACUAUGUGUCUGCCAAGAGAGAUGUCUUUACUCCAAUGAAACUGCCAAAGUACACUUUGCCAAAGGACUUGCAUGUCAUCAGCACAGACGAAAACCAUGUUGUGGCAGCAGUACAGGAUUGGAACCAGAAUGAAACCUAUAAUUUGUAUGUGUCUGACACAUCAGGUGUCUAUUACACUCUGGCUUUGGAGAACGUUGUCAGUAGCAUGGGCCCCGAAGGAAACGUCAUGGUUGAUCUAUAUGAGGUGGCAGGAAUAAAAGGCAUGUUCUUGGCCAACAAAAAGACAGAUAAGCAAGUAAAGACACAUAUUACCUACAACAGAGGCAGAGACUGGAGGUUAUUACAGGCACCAAACAAAGACCUGCGAGGCAAUAGCAUACACUGUAUGCCACCAUAUUGCUCAUUGCAUCUUCAUCUCCACGUCUCUGCAAAUCCCUACACAUCUGGAAACAUAGCAAGUAGAGACUCAGCACCUGGGAUUAUUGUAGCAUCGGGUUCCUUUGGUUCUGAGCUGACCACCAGCAACGUCAGUGUGUACAUCACCUCAGAUGCAGGAAACACAUGGAGACAGAUAUUCAAUGAAGAGUAUGCAGUGUUGUAUCUUGACCAAGGAGGAGCCUUGGUGGCUAUAAGGCAUACUCCACUCCCUAUCAGACACUUGUGGUUGAGUUUUGAUGAAGGACGGCAGUGGAACAAGUAUAGCUUCACCAGUACACCUCUGUUCGUAGAUGGUGUGCUGGGAGAGCCUGGCGAAGAGACACUAAUCAUGACGAUAUUUGGCCACGUCAGUCAUCGCUCAGAGUGGCAAUUGGUGAAAAUAGACUUCAGGUCUAUCUUCAACAGGAGAUGCACGGAGGCAGACUAUCAGACGUGGCACCUUCACAAUCAGGGGGAGCCCUGCCUGAUGGGAGUGAAAAGAAUCUAUAGAAAGUUGAAGCCCACGUCCAGGUGUGUGAUGGGAAAGCUCUACUCGGUUUCAAUGUCAUCAGGUCCCUGUGACUGCACAGAGGCUGACUUUGAAUGUGAUUAUGGAUACGACCGACGGACGGAUGGCAAGUGUACUCCUGCCUUUUGGUUCCAUCCAUCAGUGAUGUCCAGGGGUUGCACCACGGGGAUGACCUUCUUGAACAGCACUGGCUACAGGAAGGUGGUCUCGAACAACUGUACAGAUGGAGUCAUUGUGGAGUACACAGCCAAGAGGCAGCAAUGUCCCAUGCAAGCCCCUAAAGGUCUCCACCUGGUCACCGGUGAUGGUACACUGUCAGCUGUACUGGGCACGAAUGUCACCUUUCUCAUUUUUCUGGAACAGGGUGACGCAGCACGAACAAGCAUCACACUAGAUUUCGGGGAUGGUCACGCUCUGACAUAUUCCAAUCUGAGCUCCAUUGAGUAUGGGAUCAAACACAUCUACAAAAAUGCAGGCAUCUAUCGGGUGACUGCAGCAGGGAAAAAUAGCCUCGGAACAGACACUGCAAUUCUCUACCUACACAUAACAUGUCGGCUGGAAUCCAUCCAUCUCUCUGCACCCUUUGUGGCUGUGAAGAAUAAGGAGGUGAACCUGACGGCAAUUCUGCGGCCGAGCCUAGUGGGAACCGUUACCUAUAUCUGGUGGAUAGGAAAUAGCACAGAGCAGCCCAUAAUCACUCUUGAGGCAAGUGUGACAUGUACAUUUUCCCAGGAAGGCAUCAGCACAGUCACCGUGCAGGUGUCAGCAGGGGAUACUAUUCUGCAGGAGGAAAAGGCCAUCUCCGUCCAUGAAUAUUUCCAGUCUCAUCUGCUGGCCUUUUCUUCAAACUUGGACGACCACAACCCUGAUGUUUCAGAAUGGAGGCGGGAUGUGAGCCGAGUCAUUAAGAAUUCGCUUAUCCAGGCCACGGGUGUGAAUGGGGAUCAUCUACUCGUCACUGUCCUCCCAGGUUUGCCGACAACAGCAGAGUUUUUCCUCCUGCAACCGCAAAUUGAAGGAGAAUACAAGAAGAAAUAUGCUUAUUUAAAUCAGUUGUUUGAGAUGAUGCUGAGUGCCUUGAAUCAAAAUCUGGUUCAGUUCACCCUGCGACCUGGGGUCCAGGUCACAGUCUACGCAGCACACCUAUCAGCAGCACCGCUAGUGGACAGCAGCGGGAACCACAACACCCCUGCCAUGUUGAUGUUGCUGUCAGUUGCGAUUGUGGGUUUAGCUGUUUUUGUCAUCUAUAAAUUCAAGAGGAAGAUCCCAGGCCUCAACGUCUAUGCACAGAUGCAGAACGAAAAGGAACAAGAAAUGAUUAGUCCGGCUAAUCCAACAGAGGCCACGGCAAGCUCCCAGCGGGACGUGGUUCAUUCUUUGGAGACUUUGGACACAGCUUUUAACUCACGGCUCAUUGGAUGUAAUAAGCCUCAUGCUCAUGUACAAUUCUCCACAGAACUCCCCACGUACGUCGUCUAAACUGUGAAAUGGAACACCAAUACUGCUGCAUCAUAUAUUUGCUUUCGGCAAUUUCGUACUCUGUGUUUUUCAGCUUUACACCUGUGCAUGUUGGACCUUUCUGACACAUAGUGUGUUUCGUUUUCUUUUAACAUAUAUUCAAUAAAUUCUAUUUUUAUGACAUUGUGGUUUAUACAAGACAUCCCAGCAAUUCAAUGACAGCAUGACCAAGAAGGGUGACAAAUGUCACAAGAGGUAAUGUUUUGGUUUUUUCCUACCUGAGAACACUGUUUAUAUGCUAUGCGAAACAAAGAGCGGCGGUGAAUUAUUUAUUCAUAGGAAUAUACAUUUGUUCUUGAAGUGGAUUUGAACUGAUUUGUAAAUCAUGUCAAUCUUUGUUAAUAUUGUACAGUAUGUAUUUGAAUAACAUGUGUUACAUCAAACAAGAAAAUUGUUUUUCUUUUGAAUAAGCUACAGCAAGGGUGUCAAACUAAUUUCACAUUGUGGGCCCCAUACGGCCUCGGUAGAUGUCAAGUGGGCCGGACCAUUAAAAUUCUACCAUACUCUGCUAUAAAUAACCAAAAUAAUGUAUUUCCUUUGUUUUGGUCGAAACAAGCACAAGAACAUUAGGACAUUAAUUUAAUGAACAUCUCUUUUACAAAACAUUUCAUAAAGCACCUUAGAUUUCCUUAGACAAAUGUGAAAUUACUUUGAUCAUUCACAAAUAUGCAUUGCAACUGAUCCCAGCGGUUGUACAAGGGCACAAAACUUUAACAAGUAAUUAGUAAUGAAAACUAUAGUAAUGUACUUUAAGAUUAAAUGAGAUUUAUAAAUAGAGACAUUUUUAAAUAAUUUACACAUGGGCAUAUAAAAUCUAAAUUGAGUCCCUGCUUACACCUUACAAACUAAGGAGAGUGCUAUGAAAAGUGUAAAGAAUAAAGUAUUUACAAGUCCUUGA